UAGAACUUUGGAUCAGUUCUUAAUGGAGCAAAAAGCUGAGAUUGAGAGUUCAGGAAGUGUUUGCCUCCAAUAUGUUGAUGACUUGUUGAUUGCAAGCCCAGAUGAAAACAGCCAUAUAUUUGCUCUGAAUGUUGUCCUACAAGCCCUUAGGAAAGGAGGAUUCAAAGUCAACCCUGACAAAGCACAGCUGGCCAAAACCAAGGUUAUCUACUUGGGCCAAGAAAUAUCUGUCGAGGGAAGGAGAAUGACAACAGAGCGUGUAGAGGCAUUACAGCAACUCCCAAAACCUCUAACAGUUACAGGAAUGCGGAAGGUGAUGGGACUUUUCAACUAUUGUCGUCAGUAUAUUCCUGAUUUUGCCAGCAUCACUAGCCCCCUCAUCGACUUGUACAAGGGAGGAAAGCCUGGAGUGGAACAGAUAAACUGGACACCGGAAGCUGAGGAAGCGUUUACUUCUAUGAAAGAGAAACUGACUUCAGCUCCAGCCUUGGGACUUCCUGAUGGACGAUUGCCAUUUCAUUUGUGGACCAGGGUGGGAGACGAGUCCUACUCAGCAGUACUGUGUCAAAAACCAGGUGAUCGAUACAGGCCAGUUGGAUACUUUUCCACAAAGAUUCCUGUUACAAUGAUUGGUCAACCACGAUGUAUACAAGCCCUCGAUGGUGCCACAUGGGCAGUGGAUGCUGUUGGAAAUCUGAUAGGAGCACAGACUAUCAUACUGCACACUCCACACAGCAUAGUGACGUUGUUGAACAAUACAAACAUCAAGACCAUAACUGACGCGAGGAGAGCAAAAUGGGAAGCAACUUUGUUAAACAAGGAUUUGAGAGUGGAAAUCAUCAGAGACAUUUCUCUUAACCCUGCAACAAUGAUGCUGGAACCACAUGAGGGAACACCACACGAGUGUGAAAAACUAGUUGAAGAGGAAAGUCUUGGUCCUGUUAAUCCAAUCGCUCUUGAAAAUCCAGAUAAAGAGUUAUGGGUCGAUGGAUCCAGUUAUUAUGUUGAUGGAAAACGACAUACUGGGUGGGCUGUAGUGGAAGCUGAUGGAACUGUUGUGAAGAAAGGAGCUCUUUCUGGGCAAUUUUCAGCACAAGUAGCUGAGCUCAUAGCACUUACGGAAGCUUUUGAACUAUCGGAAGGAGAUCGAGUUAACAUCUAUACAGAUAGUCGUUAUGCUUUUGGGGUGGUCCAUGACUACCUAGCUCUGUGGAAAAGACGUGGACUUAUCACCAGCAGUGGGAGCGAAAUACAACAUGCUUCCAUAAUUCGCCGUUUGAUUACAGCAUGUCACUUACCCAGAGAAGCAGCCGUGAUCAAAGUAAAAUCACAUCAAUCUGACAAGUCCAAAGAAAGUCAAGGAAACACGGCAGCAGAUGCAGCAGCUAGAGAAGCAGCUCUACUUCCUCUUACUCCUGUUACCUUGGUAAAGGAAAACAGCAAAGAUAAUCCUGAGCUACAUCUUCUGUCAUAUCAAAUGGAGACAGAUGAAGAGAAAGAGCAAUGGAUAAAAGCAGGAGCGAAAGAAGAUGAUCAAGGUAUCUGGAGAAUUCCAACAGGACAAGUGGUGAUGCCUAUCGGAACAAGAAGAGAACUGAUGCAGCUGUAUCAUGGAAAAGUGCAUGCUGGAGCAAAAGCAAUGAAAGCUCAAAUCAGCGAGACUUGGUGGUGGCCACGAAUGAUGAGAGACAUUGAUGAUUACUGUAGGAGAUGCUUGAUCUGCAUGAAAGCAAAUGUGGGAAAAUCUGUAAAGGUGCGAAUGUCACAUGCACCCAGACCAACAGGUCCAUGGACACAUCUCCAAAUCGAUUUCACAGGACCUUUAUCACCCAGUGGAGGGUAUCAAUACAUAAAAGCUACUAAAGACAAUAAUAAGAAAGUGCGAGAAGCUCAACAGCAAUGGGAUGAAAAACACACCACUACUGACAUUCCACACAUUCCCGAGUUAGGCAGUUUUGUUAUGAUCAAACGAAUUGCUAGGAAAGGUUUAGAGCCUAGAUGGGAAGGACCAUACGAGAUACUCCUAACUACUGACACAAGAAUCAAUUCCAUUGACAUUGAUUAG